AUGCCAGCUCAAGAAGAUCUAGAAUACCGUGAAGAUCAGACACCAGCUCAGGAAGAUCUAGCAACUAAGACUGGAAAAGUUUUGGACAAAACCCUGGAUAUUUUACACCAACAUCUAGAUUUUGAAAAAGAACAUCUUGAUUCGCGCAAACAACUACGAGAAGGGCUGAUUUUUUAUGAAGAUGAAGAAGAUUUGGGAGGAUUUGGUCAGGAAUAUUAUCAGAAUCCUUCGGCACCUCUACCAAGUUCGGAUCAAGUUGGACAUACACAUCUAGAAGAUUAUCCUGGAAAUCUUCCAGCCACACCUUCGGAACAACAACAUCAGGAUAAACAUCCACGUCAUCCUAAAGAUCUGAGCCAACAUCAGAGUUCUGGACAGACUGAAGAUCGUGGGCAUAAAGAUCGAAAGCAUCAGAGAUCGGACCAAAAACAAGAUCAGGGACAUAAAGACCAGAAGGACCAUCAUCAAGCUUCGGAUUCGGCUUCGGACCAUCAAAAAGGCCCGGGCCAUCACCAGGCUUCGGACCGCCACAAGGCUUCGGAUUCAGGUUCGGACCAUCACCAGGCUUCGGAUCAUCAACACAGUUUUGGACACACCAAGGAUUCUGGUCAUCACCAAGCUUCGGACAGGGCUUCGGGCCAUCACGAAAAACAUCCAGGCCAAAAUCAAGCCCCAGGCCACCAGGCUUCGGACCACCACAAGGCUUCGGAUUCAGCUUCAGGUCAUAAUCAAGCAGACCAUCAAAAAGCCCUGGGCCAUAAUCAAGCUUCGGACAAUCAUAAAGCCUCGGAUUCAGAUUCGGGCCAUAAAGAACAUCCAGGCCAUAGUCAAGUUUCGGGCCAUCACCAAGCUUCAGGCCAUCAACACAAUUCUGGUCACCACCAAGCUUCGGACAAGGCUUCGGGAGACCACCAAGCAUCGGGCCAUCAAAAAGGCCAUGGUCAUAAUCAAGCUUCGGACCACUAUGGCCACGGAUCUCACAAACACGAGCACCAACAUCUCUCAGGUCACUCAGGCCACACAAGCCACACAGGCCACACAGGCCACUCAGGCCACACUGGCCACACAGGCCACACAGGCCACUCAGGCCACACAGGCCACACAGGCCACACAGGCCACUCAGGCCACUCAGGGCACACAAGCCACACAAGCCAUUCAGGCCACACGAGCCACUCAGGACACACAGGCCACACAGGCCACCAUAUAGGCCACACAAGCCACACAGGCCACCCGAGUCACUCUACACACCACCACUUCUCCUUCACACCCCACAAAUCGCAUCAUUCAUCUGCACAUCAUUCAAAAUCAAAAAUCUUUGGUCUAUUUGGGAGUAAGAAAUGGCACUGGGGUUAACUUUGGCGGUUUGAGAAAUAAAUGUUUUUAAAUUGCGAUCUUGAGAUCUUCAUACGAUCUUGAUCUUCAUCUUGACCAUUGAAGUUUCCAUCUUCAGAGCUCUGAUCUUGAUUUUGAAGCUCCUUCAGAAGAUCUUGCCUGAAUCAAGAAUGCCAAGAUCAGCUCAACAAAAAUCAGGAUGA